AUAUGGCUCUUUCUUUUCCCCUUCCUUCCUAAACUUCCACAACUUCGCUAUCCAUUUGCAGUUCGUCGUAUUAUUUUUCUACCCUUAUUUAGGGGUUAAAAAUGGCAAACCAACCACACAGCCCUUUGUCUAUAGCUGCGUUAACGGACCAGCGUCGUCCCAGCACACCUGACGCUACCACACCUGCUCGAUCGCCACCAACUGCCGACAACAACCCACUUUCAUUUCAACCACAUUCCCCCAAAAUCUCUAGUCCAAUCAGCCACCGAUCGACUUCUUCUGGUCCAAACGCUAGGGCAGCGGAAGAGUCAUUUCCCGAUGCUGCAAGUGAAUCUGCUGCGGCGGACGAGGACGACAUGUAUGAUGAUCAGAAAGAAAAUGAUGAAUCAGCAUCAGAAUCGACUUCGCCAGUAAGGAAGCUCCAAGCGCCGCCAUCCUCAAAUAGCGCCGACGAACAAAGCGACCAUGAGGACGAUAAACCCGAGCAGCGGACAAAGUAUGGAAGAGCUAUCAAUAAGCCUGAGCAUUUCUCUGCCAUUCAAUCUGCCGCGUCAGGGAGAAAAUCGCAAAAAAGAAGAACCUCAACGGCUGGUGGUGGUUAUACCGGUAACACACAAAAGAUUUUUUGCACUAUUUGCCACCGAGGGAACUCGCCGCAAAAUAACCGUAUUGUCCUUUGCGACAAAUGUGAUCGUCCCUUUCACCAACAAUGUCAUAUGCCUCCUAUUGAAAGCAUUACGCUGGAGAUUGAGGGAACGACAUGGUUCUGCAGUCAAUGCGAAACGGAACGAGAAAGCCAACUUGUUGCCAAGUACGAAGUAGAUGGUCGUGACAUCGAAAGAGAAACAAAGCUCGCAUACCUUUUAUCUCUUCCAAAAUCUUUCUUGAUCGAUAUGUUAUUCACCUACGAACGAAAUCAUCCUGGCCUUAGGAUGUAUCCGGCUUAUCUCAGAUCGGAAUACAUUCGCCGAGAUUCGCAUUCUCAUUCGCCUCCAAGACGACCAGACAUGCUCGAUAGCAAUGACGAUACUAUGUCAGGCUAUAAUUUGGAUGACGUACCUAGCUAUGAAGAUAUGAUUGAAAAAGCUCUCAUUGCCAUCGGGGAUCCGCGCGGAUCUUCUCCCAGAUCCAUAUGGGAAUGGAUGGGAAGAAAUUACCCAUUGGCGGAGGCGUUUCCAAGAAGUGCGUCACAAUCUCUGCAGAAAGCUGUCAAGAAAGGCCGGUUCUUUAAGGAAGGCAGCUGUUAUAAGAUCAACCCAAAUUACAUUCCAGAACCCAAGUCGAGACGCGGAGCAAGAAAACCCUCGUUUAUAGGAAAAGAUGGAACGAUGAUUCGACCAUCAAAGCGGAUGAAGAUACAGCUGAAUGAAGAUUCAGCGGAGGCCACUGAACAUCAUCAAAAACCAUCAUAUAGUCGACAUAAUUCUUCCCCAUCCGAUACUCGAUAUAAUACUUAUUACUCGUCCCCUCGAUCCUCAGCUUCUGUCUAUAAUACGGCCCUUCAACCGGUCCGUCGGCUUGCAUCUCCGCUUGAAGCGGAUGAUAAAUAUCGACCACCAAUAGAUUCAGAUAAUUCAGGACCUUGGCGACAGCCAGAGAAAUUAUGAGCACCAUCAACGACAUCACCGAGAACCAGAGCACCAAAGAAGAGAAUGGUAUGGUCGCAGAGACGAUCCAGCUCAUGAAAAUAGCAACAACGACCAGCAGAGGAAGAAUUGGGGCUCAUCUUGGUCGCAACAUGGGGAGAAUGGCUCGAGACCAACCGAAUGGUUAUCUCAAA